GGGCAGCGCUCCACUUCACAUUUCCUCACAAUUCCAUCUCUCUUUCCAAAACCUCCACCUUCUCUCUCUAAAACCCUUACUUUCUCGCUCUAAACCCGCCACAGAGGCCUAGGCAAGAACUGGCUAACUCUCUGGAAGCUCUGGAAGACACUGAGUCCAGCAAUCGAAGGGUGGUGCUCGCCCUUUAUGACGCCCUGAGCUCCCGCGACGUCGACACGGUGCUCAAGAUCGUCGCCCCCGACCUCGAGUGGUGGUUCCAUGGUCCGCCGACCCACCAGUUCUUGAUGCGACUCCUCACCGGCUCCCAAAACGAAUCGUUUCAGUUCGUCCCCCAGUCCAUCGCCUCCUUCGGCCCCACCGUCCUCGUCGAGGGCUGCGACCGCGACUGCUCCAUUUCCUGGGUCCACGCCUGGACCGUUGCCAGUGGUGUAGUCACCGGCGUCCGCGAGUACUUCAACACUACCCUCACUGUCACGCGCCUGGGAAACAACAGCCACAGAAACUCUCCCGCCUCCUCCGCUAAAUCCUCGUCCGGGUUUUCCUACGAGGCGUCGUCGUCGGCGGCCGAGAUUACCUCGUUCCAUUUCCCGUCGGUUUGGGAGAGCAGCAUCUCCAAUCGGGCCGGGAAGUCCAUGCCGGGUCUGGUCCUCGCAAUCUAAAGGCCAUAAUCCCCUGCGGUCCUGUGCAGUGGAGUCUAGUACUACUAAAUAAGCGGGAGCUGAGGUGUCAUAACCUCAUUGGCUGCCUAGUGCUCGUUAUGAGCUGAAGUCCUACUGUACUCUUAUUCGCUUUUUCCUUUUAAGUUAGAUUGUGUGUGGUGCUGGUGUUGGGUGUAACCAUGGGGUCGAGGUCCUUUUGGUCAUAUCCAGACGCGGCUGUAGUGGUGUUAUGGUACUCUUCUAUUUCAAUAAAGACGUGUUUGCUUAAUAAU